AAUACCAGCCGUGCAGCAAAUGCCCAAAUUACAAUCUCCUCCUAUUCCGUGGAUGCAUCAAGGAUCAAGAAGUGCGCAACAAGAUGUUGCUCCUCCAUGGGUCAAUCGUGAGGAAAAUGACGAUGCUAAUGUGCGGCCAAGCUCCACGCAUAUUGUACCGAUGCAGGUUGAAGGAAGAGAUAAUUCACAACCGACGACUCCACAAACACCUGGAGCUAACAAACCAGGAGUUCGAGUGGUUCCAAUUAAAAUUGAAAGAUCUGAUAGAAAUACUCCACCGAAACAAAGAACACCUGAAGUGACUAAUCAGACGCCAGUUGGUUGGGGAAAAAAUAAUUCGGGUACGCCUACACAAUCUCGCGCUUUUAGAUUUCUACAACAGACUACUGAAGGUUACGAUGAUAUUAAACCCAAAACCGUGGUUGUACCAAUCGAGUAUGAGCAGCCUCCAUCUGAGCAAAUGCGCAAAUUACAAUUGGCAGAAGAUGACAAACUGCUUAUGGAUCAAUUUAAAGCGCAUGUCGAUGAGGAACAGUACUUGCAUACUGAAGAAGAGCCCAGAUUUCGAGGCGCCGCUAUUCCAUCGAAAGCAUUCAGAGUUUUGCAGUGCAUGACGGGCACCCAAGCAGAUGCUUGUCAGGAUGAAGGACCUAAAGGGCAGACACGUCCUGUUAAGCCACCAAAACCACAAGGAGUGGAUCCGACUUCGCCAAAGCCCUACAUACCACCGAGCGAACAGAAGGUACUAGAACCUAGAAAAUAUACUGGAUGCAACAUACCUGGACGCUCAUUUAAAAUUUUGCAAGCCAUUACUGAGCCCGAAAACUACGGGCCGGGCCAGUCUGACUUGUGAAAUGUCUAGGGAGUUCAUCAGGGCGGCGUUCCAUUAAAACUCAAAGCCUCCAUGAAUAUAAAAAUCCAUUCAAAUGGCGAGGUUUCAACGCCAAGUAUCCAUAUAACAUACACAGAAAAAUAUGGAUAAAUAUUGUAUCUUAUAACUUAGUUAUAAAAAUUGACAUCUAUAAAGUUAGGUAGAAAAUGGCAUUCAAGUGCCGCAUUAAUAUGCUUGUACAUCAUCAGUUGAUUUGACUCUUCAAGUAGAAGUUAGAUUUUUGAACAUUUUGAGCGUCUUAUAUUUUUGUUCUUGAAAUAAAUACAUUACAGUAUGGCAACUCAUAUUGCAGUCUCUGAUAAUAAAUAUUCAGCUGAUUUUGUACAAACAUCAUACCACGUAAGAAUAUUUGCAAACCCUGGACUUCCUCAAAACAAUAUGUCAGUUAACUCAGCAACGGUGCAACUCCAGUACCUGCACAAUAAAUAACUAAAUAUACGAUUUGUUUACAUGAAUAUUUUUUCGAGGUCUUUAGUUUAGAAUGGUUAUUGAAUGCUUAUAAUAUGUUAGUUUGUGUUGAGCCUGUGAAGUGAUAAAUAAUGGCGCAUUUCUUACGGAUAAUUGUCGUUCAUUUUAGUAGUCUCGAUAGUAAAAUAUUUUACAAGUGGUUUUUAUAUCU